GGAGUUUCUCAAUUGUUCUCCAAUUCUCAUUAAGAAAUUCUUAAGAAUUAUCAGAAAUUUAGAAGGGUAGUCUUCAACAAUCUGAUAUGGCAUCAGGUUCAGGACAAAAACAAGCUACCGAUGUCAAGUUCAAACACUUCAAUAUUGUGCCAGAGGCAUCAGAUCAUUAUUAUCGGAAUUUGAAUCCGUCGAAUACAUUUAGCAAUGCAAAUAGUUCCGUUCACCGAGCCAUCAUGAGAGAAUGGAGAAGCCUCGAGAAAAAUCUCCCAGAAUUGAUCUAUGUCCAAGUUUACGAGACUAGGAUCGAUCUUCUUCGUGCAGUUAUUAUCGGUGCCGAAGGAACGCCUUAUCACAAUGGUCUCUUCUUCUUCGACUUUUGUCUACCUUAUGAUUAUCCACGACAACCUCCGAAAGUAUACUAUCGUUCACACGGACUCUAUUUGAAUCCAAAUCUUUAUGCCGACGGAAAAGUUUGCUUGAGUCUAAUCAACACUUGGCCCGGGGAGAAAUGGACACAGAAUUCGACUAUUCUUCAGGUUUUGGUCUCUAUUCAAGGGCUCGUACUGAACGAGAGACCCUUUUUCAACGAGCCUAUCGUUGCAGGUGCCAAAAAAAGCAAGAGUUCGAUAUGGAUCAAGCAAUCCGUGGCUUAUAGCAAGUAUGUAUUCAUUUUGUCUUGCAAGACAAUGCUCUACCAAAUGCGUAAUCCGCCAAAGAAUUUUGAGAAUUUUGUCGCUCAACAUUUCAGCGAUCGUGCAGAUUCUAUAUUGGCAGCCGUCAAGGAUUACCAAGAAAAUAAUCUGCUGGUUGGUUCAUGUUCGAUUAAACCUUCGUCCUCGUUUAAGUCCAAAUUGAGAAAGAUCCAGACAGAGCUGGAAAAGGCAUUUGAUAGAGUACCAGAGCCGAACGUCAACAAGUCGGAAAAAUUAGAGGACAUAAAAAAGCCGAAAUAUGGGCUCGUGAACAAGUUUAUGAUGUGUAUCUGGAACAAAGAUUAAUCAACUGAGAGAAAAUAGUUAUGUAACGUAACAUGCUUGUUUUUCGUAUUUAUCGUGUCUAUCUAGAUUAUUAUUAAUGUUCAAUUUAUUUCUUAAUUAUCUUUGUCGUGACUAAUGAUAUUUUUAAGAGUGGAAUGCACCUUGAACGCUUUAGAUAGUC